CUUGGAGUGCUUAUAUUGAACAAAUUAUGUCUUUGGAAAUUCCUACAAAUCCUGUUUAUCAUACAAGUGUCGAACAAAAGCUGCAUUCGAAAAAUGCCGCCAAAAUAUAUCGCUAUGGAUCGCCAAAAAUACGGGAUCAAUUGAGAGAUAAAUGUCGGAUGCGAGUGCGUGAAGCUAGGCAGGCCAACUUCAGUAAGCGCCGUUUGACAAAUAUAACAGAAGAAUUCGACAUUGAUAAGUUGCUGCGAGAAGAACUUGCUAGCUUGGAGAGUGAUUUGCGUUUGCAAGAAGAAAUAUACAAAGAGCUACGCGAUGAGAUGAAUGAAUGGUUUGUACAGGAAUUAGAAGCUGAGGAAAUAUCUCUAAUAAAGGCCGCCGAUGAAGAUGAAAAUAACAAUCAUGUUAUUUGUCCGAUUUGCGAACAAUACAAUCUGCUUUUCGUAACUGCAAAUGAGCAAGAAGGAAGUAAUAUUUUCAAGUGCACUUGUGGUGUGAGCUUCAACAAUGAUGCUAAGCCCUUGGCUUUACGACAAGUAUUGCAUUCGCAAAUAGAUGUGCAUGAACAAAAUUGUACUGCCAAUCUUACAUUCUUUUUGGAGCCGCAAAGUGCAUAUGGUGCAAAAACUGAUGCAUGUGUCAACAGUCUUUGUGCUAUGUGUGAUGAAUGUGAUUAUUUUUAUAGUUUUUAAGUAUUUUAUAAUUAAUAUAUGUUCUUUGUUCCCUGAAUUUAUACCACUCAGUAUGUAAAUGUUGAGAUAAAUAAUGCUCACUAGAAUAAAAAAAUAAUAAUAACUGAACUAAA